UGCGCCCUCACCGAAUCCCCCGCUAUGGGGAGGACGCAUUUGCCACGUGGAGUACUUGCCCCAUCAUCUAGUCCCACGUGGCAAGUGUGGAGGUGGCGACGCCGAGGUGGAGAUGGGAGCAGGAUGGCAACGCCCAGGUGGCGACGCCAUGUGGCGUACUUGCCACGUGGCGAUGGGAGAGGGAUGGCAACGCCGAGGCGCCGAUGCCGCGUGGCGAUGGGAGCGGGAUGGCAACGCCGAGGUGGCGAUGGGAUCGGGAGCGGGAUCAGGAAGCGAAGGUGGCCACGGGUGCAGGAUCGGGAUCGGAAAGCGGAGGUGGCGAUGGGUACCACACUUCGCACAUGCCAAACAUCGCACGUGGCGCAUGUGCCACGUGCCACACUUUCCGCAUCGCCACGUGACAUACUUGCCCCAUCAUCUAGUCCCACGUGGCAAGUACGGAGGUGGCGACGCCGAGGUGGCGACAGGAGCGGGAUGGCGACGCCAUCUCGGCGUCGAGGUGGCGUACUUGCCCCAUCAUCUAGUCCCACGGGCAAGUGCGAAGGUGGCGACGCCGAGUUGGCGACGGGAGCGGCAAGUACGCCACGUGGCAAGUGCGGCCUCACCAUAUAGUCCCGGGUGGCAAGUGCUGAGGUGGCGACGGGAGCGGCAAGUACGCCACGUGGCAAGUGCGGCCGCACCAUAUAGUCCCACGUGGCAAGUGCGGAGGUGGCGACGCCGAGGUGGCGACGGGAUCGGGAUCGGGAAGCGGAGGUGGCGACGCCAAGAUGGCGACGCAGGGCGUGGGAUCGGGAGCGGGAUUGGGAAGCGAAGGUGGCGACGCACGGCGCGGGAUCAGUAGCCGGAUCGGGAAGCGGAGGAGGCGACGCCAAGGUGGCAACGCAGGGCACGGGAUCGGGAUCGGGAAUCGAUGGUGGCGACGGGAGUGGGAUCCGGAUUGGAAAGCGAAGGUGCUGAUGGGUACCACACUUCGCACGUGCCAAACAUCGCACGUGGCGCACUUUCCACAUCACGUCAAGGUUGCGACCAGGUCACCAAGUAAUCAAUCAAUCAAUCAAUCAAUCCAUCAAUCAAUCCAUCAAUCAAUCCAUCAAUCAAUCAGUCAAUCAAUC